AUGACCACACUUCGGACCUUUCAGACCGAGAUCGACGAGAUACAGCAUCGCGAGAUUGCCCGCCAGAGAACACACGUCCCUGUCGAGAAAGUGAAGGACAAAGAUGUCAAGAGGACCGGCGCCAAGGUCAUACAACAAGCUGCAGACAAAGUCACAGACACGCAGACAAGCCUGAGCUCGGCUGAGCUUUCAGACGUCGACGAACGAAUACAAGACUUGCUUCUGUCUAGUAACACUUCAAAUCAUGAGCGAGCACACGAUAUUAUCGCCUCGGUGUUGACUCGAAAUCGAGGGGAAUAUAUCCUUCGAAUAGGUGCACAUCCGCCACACACGAAACUGUUCUCAGGCGAACCCGCUUCAGAUAACAAAGGCUGGCGUGGGACUUCACGCACAGAGGACGAGGUAGCGAUGCUCAAGCAAGCCAUUAGCCAAAUCGUUGAAGAGGUCGGCGGGAAGGACUAUCCACGAGCAAUCCUUCUACUACGAUUACCUCCAGCAGACGUCUCUUCAACGCCGGAGGUCCGCUGUGCUGUCGUGGGGAAUGUGGAUAGUGGAAAGUCGACAACAUUGGGCGUUCUGACACGAGGCACCUUGGACGAUGGUCGAGGUCGUGCUCGCGUUAGCUUGUUCCGGCAUAAGCAUGAGAUUGAAAGUGGACGAACGUCAAGUGUAGGAAUGGAGAUUUUGGGCUUCGGGCCAUCAGGCACACCUAUACUCCCGGCAACAGCGCAUUCAAACGAGCCCGAUGUAAUCAGGCGCGAAAAGAUGGGCUGGGACGAGAUUACUGCACAAGCAUCGAAGAUUGUUUCCUUCAUUGACCUUGCAGGUCACGAACGAUAUCUGAAGACAACAUUAUACGGCCUGACAUCCGGCUCGCCUUCAUGCGUCAUUCUCAUUGUUGGUGCUAAUGCCGGCUUGAUUGGUAUGUCGAAGGAGCAUCUUGCGAUAGCAUUAGCCUUGAGCGUUCCUGUCGUUGUGUGCGUCACGAAGGUCGACAUGACACCCCCGAAUGUUCUCGCGAAGACGAUUGAGCAGGUUUCGAAGAUUAUGAGGAGCCCGGGUUGUCGUAAAACACCUGUAUUCGUCAAGUCAGUGGAGACUGCAGUAGAAGUGUCACAGGUGUUCGCUAUGGAACGAUUAUGCCCUGUGUUCCAGCUAUCUAAUGUUACAGGAGAGGGCCUCGACUAUUUGCGAACGUUCCUGAACCUCUUGCCUGCCAGCGAGAACGAUAGCGAGAAGUUCGCCGUCGAUCAGCCAUUAGAGUAUUCCGUCACUGAAGUGUGGUCUGUUCCAUACGUGGGCACGGUGGUCGAUGGCAUCCUCAAUAGUGGGUCCCUGAAGACCGGUGACGCCGUCUUACUCGGCCCCGAUGCCAAUGGCAACUAUCAGACCACUGUCGUCAAGAGCAUCCAGCGAAAGCGGGCUCCAGUAAACAGCGCAGAAGCAGGACAGUGCGUGUCCCUCGCCUUGAAGCGCGUGCGAAAAGCUGCAGUUCGUAAAGGCAUGGUGCUCGUACACAAGUCGGAGACGCCGCCAAGAGCUAUCCGGAAAUUCCAGGGUCAGGUCCUCAUUCUGUAUCAUAAUACAACACUACAGAAGAACUAUCAGGCGAUGCUUCACUGCGGCGCUGUCCGCCAGACUGUUCGCAUCCUCGAGAUGGACCAUCCGCAGGGCAUCCUGCGUACAGGAGACAGGGCAACUGUCACUUUUGAGUUCAUUGCGCAUCCUGAAUUCAUAAAGGAAGGUAUGAAGCUGUUAUUUAGAGAGGGGAAGACGAAGGGGCUCGGCGUCAUUACGAAGUUACUAUGA